AUGAAUAUAGGAGUUUUUGAGUGUCUAGUCUGUGCUAGAUAUUAUUAUAGUUUAGCCACGAAAGGAUAUGCAAUUGGAGUGCUCGGAACUGAUCUUUCUGGUGCGAAUGCUAUCAACAGUUAUUCAAGCUGUGGACUUGACUCUGCAGACUUUAAAUACACUGGUUCAUCAAGAGGAGUUGAAAUACGCAUUGUACCAUCACUAGGGCUGAAAGAUAACAGUGGCGAUAUUGCCUUAGUUACUUCUAAAUGUCACGACCUGACAAACAAGCAACUUGAAAAACUGAAGUGA